AUGAUCAAAGAACUGGAGGCCCGUGUCCAGCAGCUGACUGGAGAAGCAGAGAACAGCAAUUUACAGAGGCAGAAAUUAGUUCAAGAAAAAUUGGAACUUGAAAGAUGUUACCAGAUGACAUGUAGUGAAUUACAAGAAGUAAAGGCAAGGCGCAACAUCCUGCAUAAAGAGAAAGACCAUCUUGUAAACGAUUAUGAGCAAAACAUGAAACUAGUACAAGCCAAAUAUGAUGCUGACAUAAACCUCUUGAAACAAGAGCAUGCUCUUUCAGCUUCACAGGCAGCCGGUGUGAUUGAAGAAUUAGAACAGAACAUAUGUCAAUUAAAACAGCAGUUACAGGACUCAGAACUUCAAAGAAAGCAGCAACUCAAGGAUCAAGAAAAUAAGUAUCAAGUGGAGAAAAAUCAGUUAAAACGCACCUAUGAUAAAAAGGUUCAUGAAUUGCAGAGUGAGCUUGAUAAGGAAAAAGAAGAUGCUCAAAAGAAAAUUCAUAAAUUGGAGGAAGCUUUGACAGAAAAAGAGGAGCAGCUCACUCGUGUGACUGAAGUUCAGAGAUUGCAGGCCCAGCAGGCAGAUGCAGCUCUAGAAGAGUUUAAGCGGCAGGUGGAACUGAAUUCGGAGAAGGUCUAUGCUGAAAUGAAAGCGCAGAUGGAAAAAGUGGAAGCAGAUCUCACCAGAUCCAAGCUUCUUCGUGAGAAACAGUCGAGGAGGUUUUAUGGCACUGAGGACGUCAAGCAGCGAUAUGAACAGCAGAUAGUAGAGCUGAAGCUGGAGCAUGAACAGGAGAAGACGCACCUAUUACAGCAGCAUAACGCAGAGAAGGAUAGCCUAGUCCGAGACCAUGAACAGGAAAUUGAAAACCUGGGGAAACAGCUUCGCGCUGCCAAUAUGGAGCACGAAAAUCAAAUUCAAGAAUUCAAGAAACGAGAUGCACAGGUUAUUGCUGACAUGGAGGCCCAGGUUCAUAAGUUGAGGCAAGAGCUGGUUAAUGUGAACUCACAGCGGAAACAGCAGCUGGUAGAGCUUGGUCUUCUUCGUGAGGAGGAAAAGCAGAAGGCGGCAAGGGACCAUGAGACUGCUGUCAGCAAACUGAGGGCUGAGUCAGAAAAGAUGAAGAUUGAGCUGAAAAAGACUCAUGCUGCUGAGAAGGAGCUGACUUUGGAGAAGGCCAACAGCAGGCUGAAGCAGAUUGAAAAGGAAUAUACUCAGAAGCUUGCCAAAUCUUCUCAGAUCAUAGCAGAACUUCAGACAACCAUUUCCUCUCUGAAAGAGGAGAGCAGCCGGCAGCAGCUUGCUGCAGAAAGGCGGCUCCAGGAUCUUAUACAGAAGUUUGAAGAUGAGAAGAAGCAGCUGAUUAGAGAUAAUGACCGAGCAAUCAAGGUAAUCUGAAGACUUC